AUGUACGGCUUAAUUACUUCUUCGGCCCUUCAAGCAGAUAAGACCGUCCUUAGAGAUGUUUGGAAAAUUAACCCUGGCGCUUGGAUGGAGUAUUGGGACGCUGACUACAAAGAUAAGGUCAGUGAUGUAGAUAUGACCAAUUCCGUUCGUGUCGUUGAUAUGGCCACAGCUGCUGACGCCGGUUACUAUCAGCACGAGGUGGAGAACCGACCUCUAAAAGAGAUAAUCCUGGAAGUUCGAAGGAAACUGGUAGAAGCGACCAGGCUCCGCCUCCGGGCCGACGUCCCGGUCGGAAUCUACCUCUCCGGAGGUAUUGAUUCCUCGACUGUUGCGGGAAUAGUGACCCAUCUCGCUCGUGAAGAGGGAGUCCGGCUCGGGAACGAGCAUGUAAGGAAACGCAUCAAAUGCUUCACCGUUCAGUUCGGGGAAUCCUCGGGCUUCAAUGAGGCUGAUAUUGCCGAGCGCUCGGCCGAGUGGCUGGGAAUCGAGAUCAUCAAAAAGGAUAUGAACGAGGAGGACUUGGCAAAACACUUUGCCGACGCCAUAUACCACAGCGAGCAUCAUAAUUUUGUCGGCAAGUUUUGUCUGUCCGCGCUACCGAGAGAACAUGGCGUGCAUGCUGUGCUCACCGGAGAGGGUGCAGAUGAACAAUUUGCCGGCUACCCCUACCUCCUGCAGGACUUUCUCCUAGAGCGUGACCCCGGAUGGCCAGCCUCGACGCUGAGCGAGGCCGAUGAGAUCCGCCUGUGCAUGUAUCAGGAACUGAUAGAUGAUGUGGAAAGGACGAUGGAUCAUAUCGGCAUGUUUGACCACGGAUGGAAAGACAAGCCAAAGCGUAGCGUUUCGGUCGGAUGUGGAGGGCUCAAGUUGUAG